AUGACCGGGUUUAGCCCGCCGCCAUUGCGCGCACCAACGGCUUGCGUUGCUUGCAAUAAGAAAAAGCGCUCUGGUACACAACAGGGUUUCUACCUUGCUAACCUUUUCGCAUCAGGUCCGCUGCAUUUUUGGAGAAGACACAAGUACAUGCUUGAAUUGCCAGCGGCAUGUAUGGCCUUGCUUGUGAGUAUUGCGAGCUUAUCAAACACAAGCCGAUUUUUGACUCAAUCUAGUCGGCGAGAACGCAAGAGAAAACGUCGGAACACUCUUAACAGCCAGACCAGCGCUGGGAGAGUGGAAAAUAGGAUCCAAAAGCGUCGAUCUACCCUGGAUGAAGCUGGGCAGCGGAACUGUGUGACGUCUAAGGAAGACGGGACUUCGAUAGACGAGUCAGAAAACGAUGCAACCCACAUUGGUUUUCCACCCCGACAUACCCCUCGGAGUACUUCUUUUGAGUUAGAGCCAAGGGGGACUCCACAACAAUCGAUUUGCUCAAACCCAUACUCAUCAGUGUCAAGUUUGAGUUUUUUGGCCAGGUCCCGUUAUUUUGAUGAUGCAAUGGUCAUCAAUGAAGACCAAGCCAGAUCAUAUUCAACCGCAGACGCAGAUGGACCAACAGAGGAUGAUAUCCAACUGCUACAGCUUCAAAGAGCCUUCGAUCUUCCACCCCGAGCGGUACGUGAUGGUCUUAUAAACACCUUCAUGGAAAAAUGCUCUCCUUGGAUGCCGAUUGUUGAACGCAGUUGGCUGGAAGAAAGCGGAUCUCAAAAACCAUCAAUACUGCUUCUUCAAGCGAUCUUUGUUGCUGCGAGUCGAGUCACCUCUGCUCCAGCUGUCACUGCCUAUGCGUCAACCCAUCAGUUUUAUCGACGCGCGAAGGCCUUAAUCUGGUCCGGGUACGAGAAGAACCCAAUGACCGUGGUCGCUGCUGUGUGUAUCCUACAUUGGUACAAUCCCGAAGGCCCGGAACACGUCUCAACCAACACGAGUGGAUUCUGGCGAUAUGUUGGGGUUGGACUAGCCCAUCAAAUUGGUCUUCAAAAAGAGCCUGCGAACACGAGGAAUGCAGCGCUUCGACGUCGUCUUUGGUGGACAUUAUUUGCCCGAGACUGCUUAAUCUCCGCUGGACAGGGUCGCCCACUCGCAGUCAAUAUAGAGGACUGUGAACUUGCUCCUCCUCGUUUAGAUGACUUUGAUGAUUCAUGCUCAAACGCGUCUCUUUUCAUUGCCUAUGUUGAGAUCAGCUCUAUACUGGGCCAUCUCACGCAGCACUGCCGUCGCAAAACUCUCACACGUCAGAUACAACAAAAUAUUGAGAACCAACUGUAUCGCUGGACACGAGACCUUCCUGCUUCUUUGAGCCUGUUUCAGACACCCACGACGUCAGCAGAAUUUGGCCGCCAAGCACAGAGCACACUCAGUCCAUACAACUUCGAAGCACGCCAACUGCAUAUCCCAUAUUUUAUCUGCCUCGCAAUACUGUGUCGUCCCAAUCAAGGAAAGUCCCCUUCUCCGGCAGUGGUUCUCGCUUCAUCGUUUGUUGCAGGCAUAUUCGAAGAUUUUCUCGCCCGAGAUGAAAUACAAUUUCUCGGUCCCAUCUUCACCUUUCACCUCUUAGCUGCUGGAAUCGGCUUACUCUCGAGUAGCAACACACCUUCGCUGUGUACAAAGGCGGAGAAUAGUCUCCAAAGCAUUUAUCUCUCACUGGACGUUCUUUCUCAACGCUGGUCGUCCGCCAAAGGGAGCCUCAGGGCAUUGAAAAGCAUCGCCGAUAAACAGCAAAAUUCGACAAGGCCCUCUGAUGACUCGUCAUCGGUACUGCCGCAAGAGCAACAGGUCUUUUUUCAAGGGUUUGGACCCGAAAUAUCCUGGGCGUGGACCUAUUUCAUGCCUCCAGCAGCCGCACCGAGGACAGUGGAGUCCUGGGAGGUGCACACGACAGCUGACCAUCCCAGUGCUCCACUCGAUUGUUUCACCGAAUCCCAGGUCCCGAAUGCCGUUGCUUCUUCAGCAGACGAGUAUCGACCGCUUACCACAAUCCUCGACCCCCAUGUUGGUUUUUCCAUGGGGGGCAUGGCACGGGAUAUAGGUGAUGAUCUUUUCCAUAAUCAAUACCAAGGCAUGGGAGACUGGUUAUUUAAAGACUUGGACUGGAAUGGGGACGCCACUUGGUAA